CCCCGAUUCUGCCUCUUCCAAUUGAUCUCCCGCUUCCCCCCUUCUUAGGCUGGAAGACUUGCCGACGUUGCUUCACUUCUUGGUUUGGUUGAGAACCAGGUCUUGCUGUAGACCGUCUUUGCUCGUCUCGUCCUUCCACAACCCUGCGACGGUUUAGGAUAGCCUACCGCGAUCAUGUCAGUAAAGUUCGAGCGAGAGACGUUCAAGCAGGCCGAGGGCGUCGCCGGCCCCGCCGUCUCUGCCGCGGCCGAGCUUCUGGGGAAGGAUGGCCCCCUCCCCGGCACGACCGGCAAGCACCCUAUAUCAGAGGCGGUCGGGACGGCCCUCACCGGCGGCAAGCAGAUGGCAGGCACAAAGGGUUAUCUGAUGGCCUACAUCAAGCAGCUUGAGGAGAACCCCAUGCGGACCAAGAUGCUUACCGCCGGCACUCUCGCCGGCGCCCAGGAGUUCAUUGCGUCGUGGUUGGCCAAGGACCGCAACAAGAACGGCCAUUAUUUCACGUCGCGCGUGCCAAAGAUGGCAGCAUACGGUGCCCUCGUCAGUGCACCGCUUGGGUCACUGUUGAUCUGGGUGCUGCAAAAGGUCUUCAAGGGGCGCACGAGUCUGCGAGCCAAGAUCCUGCAGAUUCUCUUCAGCAACCUGAUCAUUGCUCCCAUCCAGAACGCCGUAUAUCUGAGCGCAAUGGCCAUUAUUGCCGGUGCCAGGACUUACCACCAGGUGCGGGCCACUGUCCGCGUCGGCUUCUGGAAGGUCAUGCGCGUCAGCUGGAUCACCUCGCCAGUGUGCUUGGCCUUUGCGCAGAAGUUCCUGCCCGAGAACACCUGGGUGCCGUUCUUCAACCUGGUAUCGUUUAUCAUCGGUACCUACAUCAACACCGUUACCAAGAAGAAGAGGCUCGCCGCCCUGCGCAAGAAGCACUUUGGUGACGACCGCAGGGGCCCCGGCUCUGUCGCCGGACCUCCCCCUUCGGAUUACAAGGGAGAUUACUCGAUCGGGCCAAACCCUCCAUACUAGGUCAGGCAUCCUCGACUGCGAAUGUGGUUGCCUCAGUUCAUCGAAACGUGAGCCAUCACCUGCCUGGAAGUCGGCAUGUGUUUGUGUUGUGUCCCCGGGCAGGGGGCGGGCUCGGGGGAGUGGUACACGAUGCUGAUCUGGACGAGACAUGCCGUUCACAUACGGGAUUGGCAGCUGGAAACGAAGUGAUCGGAAAAUGUUACGACGAAACGAGCAAGGUCGGCUUUGGCUACCAAAAGGGCUGGCUGGAUGUAUAAUUCAUGGUCUUCAUAUAAUGUCUCGCAGUGCAUGUGUCUUGUCGAUGAGUACUGAUUAGAUUAUGGUCUUGACUGCUUUCAUUAUAAUGUUUAUGAAGUGUUUACAUGC